AUGGCGUUGGCGUUGGGAUUGAAAAUCCUGAGAAAUUUGCGAGGCGCUCGCGUUUCGGAGCCGUACCGUGUCAUGGAAGUCCGACCCGACGACUAUGCCAAAUGCCAUGUUUUAUAUCGGGAAGGAUCCCUGGUGCUCUACGAAAUCGCCGAGAACGGGAGUGAAAAAAACAGCUCAGCUGAAAGUCCCAACCGCAGUUACGAUAUAGUACUGCACAAAGAAGCGACCAAGAGUCCGUAUUCUCUGAGCGUCUACCGCAGCAAUCAGCUGGACGUGGCGGAGAUUCAGUUCACGCUCUUGAAGGACAAAUUGCCGCUCCUCUCUCAGUGCUCUGGUGAUCAGAGUACGAAAGAACUAGUGCAGGAAGUUUCGAAUCUCUCACGGACGAAUCCUUCAUGGUCCCUAGCACACGUCGCUGCCCACAUGGGGCUGGUUGAAGUUCUAAAGCAUCCGUCACUCAAGAACUCCCUCGAUUCGAAGGCUGCUGAGACCCAGCAAACCCCUCUCCACAUAGCCAUCAAAGCUCAGAAGCUCGCGGCUGUGCAACUUCUGGUGCAACUCGAUGCGAAUAUCGAAGCCGUAGACUACAAUGGAGAUACGGUCUACCAUUGCGCGGCUGGAACGACCAAAGAUAUCAUAAAAUCGCUCUCAGCGAAGCCGGUUUCCCCGAGCUUGAUCAACAAACGGAACAAGGAAGACUAUACACCUUUACAACUGGCGUGCCUCAUGGACCGGGCAGAUUGCGUGAAAGAGCUCUUGAAAGAGGGAGCUGAUGUGAAUUCCGCCUCAGUCGGGACACAGCCGGAUGGAGAAAAUCCCAAGUGCCUCGGACGGGGAAAAGCCGAAGAGAAUGCGAAUAACUUCCAAGAAGAAGACAUGAAACACGGAGGAACUCCACUGCAUUGGGCCAAAAGCACCGCUGUCUUGCAGUCAAUGAUCGAGCAUGGAUGCGAUCUAAACGCAAGGAACUUUCGGGACGACACGGCUCUUCACACGACUGUAGCUAAGAACCGAGUCAAUUGUGUGAUCCUCCUCCUGAGUCACGGAGCCGACGUCAAUGCCGUCGGCAUGAACGGCGACACGCCGCUGCACGUUGCAGUGAGAGUCGCGGCUCCGGUCGCGGACAAUUGGCUCCCUAUGUUCGAGCAGGCUUCCUCUCCUGGACGCGAAAAACCGCUGCGGGAUUUAGCGUCUCCCCUGGAUGUUGGCGAUGUCACAGUUCUACAAGCGCUGAUAGUCUUCGGAGCUGACGUCAACGCCUUGAAUCACCAGGGAGAAUCGCCACGGCAUCUGGCCGCUCUCUCCACCAUGGUGAAGAGAGAUCUUGUGCUCUACACUCUGCAUGCCGUCGGAGCGGCGCGUUGUUCCGACGACGUAUCAAAUUGCAAGGAUGGCUGCGCAGCCCUCGGAUAUUUUGACGGCAUCGGUCCCGAGGAGCCAAACUUCUACAAAUCCCAAUCCCUUUUUGACGGACUCAUGGGAGAGUCCGUCAUCCAAGAAGCUCUGGAAAACAUGAAUGUUCAACGACGGGGGCGACAAUGCCGGGCCUUAUGCCUCGAUGGUGGUGGGAUAAAGGGUCUCGUGAUCAUUCGCAUGAUGAUGUGUCUCGAACAAAUCGUCGGAAGACCUAUCGUCGAAUGCUUCGACUGGAUAGCUGGCACAAGUACCGGCGGAAUUCUCGCCCUCUGCCUGGCAACUGGGAAGACGACCGCUCACUGUCUUCAACUCUACUUCCGUCUGAAAGAUGAAAUAUUCGUAGGCUCUAGACCCUAUGAUUCGGAUGCGCUCGAGAAGCUGCUCAAGCAAGAGCUCACAGAAGAUAUGAUGAUGUGCGACAUCAAGUACCCAAGGAUCUGCAUCACAGCGGUGGCGGCGGAACGCCAUCCGGCGAAUCUGUGCCUAUUCAGAAACUACAAACCACCGCGGCAGGUCAUCCGAGAAGGAGAAGAUCUCGGAGAUUACGAAACAGACCCUGAUCCCGGAGAACAGCUCGUCUGGAAUGUUGCUCGCGCUACCGGCGCUGCGCCAACUUACUUUCGCCCCUUCAAACAGUAUUUGGACGGCGGGCUGAUAUCCAACAACCCUACCCUGGACCUGUUGACCGAAAUCGCCGAGCAUAAUGCUGUGCAACGCGCCCUCGAAACCGACGGCGAAGUUGCGGAUCUCCAAGUCAUGGUAUCGAUGGGCACCGGGAAACCGCCUGUUGUAUCUGUAGCCACAUUAGACUCCCUGCAGGUCUCGACCGGUCUAUUGGGAGCUGCGAGAAUGGCUUACGCCGCGAGGAACUUGUUCUCGCUGUUGGUGGAUCAGGCUACGCAGACGGGAGGCCGAGUGGUUGAUCGUGCGCAGGCUUGGUGUCACGGUAUUCGAGUUCCUUACUUCCGACUGAACCCGGACCAAUCGGAAGACAUUAAUCUCAGUGAGACUGAUAACAAGCUGUUGGUCAGCUCUCUCUGGGAAACUAUGGUGUAUAUGCGGAACCGGUCGUCAGAACUCGAAAUGCUCGCGAAACUCCUACAACCGUGUGAGGGCUCGCUAUCGCUGCAGUGUCGGCCGCCGUCAGAUCGGCCGUGAAGAAAUUCAGCGGAUCGAACACCUGGGUUUCGCGCAAGAAAUUCACGGCGACCUGGAUAGCUGUGGAAUCAUCGGAUCAUUUCCCAAAGACUGUAUUUGCUUUAACUAAUCAAAGUGAACCGCACGAAUACCCGUCAUUCCGACAAUUAUAAUUGUUAUAGAAUAGGAUAGGAUAGUUAUAGGAUCUACGAGACUCCCGGAAAGCGGCGAUGCUUUCGUCAUGUUUCCAUUCUCCUUUAGACAGUGGCGCUCAUUCGUGGAGCCGAUAUGGGUUGAUUGACGGGUUCGUGUCAGAGUAUCGAUGUUUAUUGAACUAUUUUCAUCACGGCUGACGUAAUCUGAUUUGGCUGGAAAUGAUUCACUGACCGUGAGUUGAGAAUUUCUCGCCAAAGGCAUUCACCUGUGUUCCCCACGUCGUCGAAGUACCGACUCCGCAAGUUCGAGGAUACGGAGAGGAACGAAUACGCAGCGUUUUUUGAAGCUCUCAUCCUGUGAUCAUGAGACAUGUUAUUGUAAAGAGACAUUGACUUCUUGUUAAACAGAUCUAUUUCCAACGCAAGCUACGCUUUCCUAUUUCCCCCUUCAUCAGAGAAUAAAUACGCUGAUUAUGACCUCUGAAGA